AUGGUUAGCGGAUGGAGCUCAGUCGCGGGCACCAGAUCUAUGGAGAUCAAGACGGCAGCGGCGGAGCCAUUCCGGAAGCGGAUCAGGUGCAGGAUCGGGGAUACGUCCUCCGAGGGCGGCGGGGCAAAGGCUUCGUGCGUCGCUCCCCGGAAACGGGGCGGAUCCCACUCCGCGUCUCGCGGAGCGAAGGUGAAGGGUCGGGCCCUCAAAGAAGCGAGGGACAGCGGGAAGCUCGCCGAGGAAGGGCGGCACCCGAUCGCCGCACGACCUCAAAAGGCCGAGAAGAAAAGGGCCAAAUUUGAGGAGGUCGUGAUGGCGGCGAUUGCGAGUGUCCGCCAAAAGAAAUUGCGGUCCUCGAAAGAGAAGGCUGCGCAAGAGGCCGCGGCCUCCAUUAUGGCGGCAGCAGCGGCCACCUUCUUGGAGUCGGAACCCGAGUCGGGUAACGAGGGGAUGAGGGCCGAUAUCGCCCGGCUAUCGACGGAGGUUGAGCGUCUCUCUAGGGAGAACGCGGAACUCAAGUCCAGCCGGGCCUCAGCCCUCGUUCAGUCCUCUCGUCCUGUAGAGACGCCUCCAGAGGUGAGUGCGGUGCAGCCGGCGGACGAGCAACAACUCCUGAGCCUGAUACGAGAGGGCAUCCGUCAGGAGAUCGGUGCCCUCUCUGCCCGGUUCGCGGUUCUGGAGGGCAUUGUCCUCCGGCCACCUCUGGCGGGCUCCAAGAAGGCUGCGUCCUACGCGGCCGUCGCGGCUCCGCAACCCACGCCGGGGACGUCCGGCCCGACGAGCCAAAGCUCAGGGCCAUCCACGAGGCCAACGAAGCCGUCGUCGUCGUCUCCGCCGCCUCCGCCUCCGGCCUCCCAGAGGACGCUCGCAGCAGAUAAGCCCAAAAAGGCGAAGGCUGCGCGGAGAGCGGCGAAGCCGGCGGAGCUGGUAGAGAACGGCUCCCCACCUAGUCUCUUGCCUGCUGUGGAUGCCGGCUGGACAGUGGUGGGGGGCCAAGAGAGACCCGACGCACGGAGCGGCGGAAGGCGCAGCGGCAGCGCGCCAAGGAGAGAGCGUCGCCAAUAUGCUUCGCGCCCCGAAGUCCGCAGCUGUAGUCGUCACACUACAGCCGGAAGCGGUAAAGAAGGGCGUGACGUACGCGGACCUCCUUUCCAAGGCAAAGGGGUUAAUCAACCCCGCGGAGCUUUGGGAUUGCUGGGGGUUGCGGUUAAGAGUAACCGCAACCGGAGCCCGAAACUCGAGCUCCCGGGAGCCAGCAGUGGCCCGGUCGCGGACGCCCUAGCUGCAAAAGCUACGGGCGGCGUUUGA